CUCCCUCCCUCACUCUGCGUCUGGCUCCCCAGCAGACAUGGCGAAGCUCCGCAGCUCAGGACUCUCCACAGCCGUCUCCCUCUGCCUGGCACUUCUGCUCCAGACCCGCGCUGAAGACUGCAUCACCAGCAUCAGGGUUGUGCGUCAUUCCCUGUCCCACCCUGCCAACCUGAGCUGUGCAAAUAUGGAAGGAGAAGAGCGGUCCGUCCUCCUGCACAAGGAGGGGCCUCUGAUUCACAACCACACCGUCAAAGGCCAGAGUGACACGGUGGCAGUCAAGGAGGGCAUGUAUCUGCACAUCGUAGGGCACAAGGUGUGGUACGAGAUCUCACAGGUGACCGAUAGUGACGCUGGAGUGUACACCUGCGAGGUGAAAAAGAUGUACCCACCACCUUACAAGGCAGAGAAGCGCAUAUCUGCUCUCAUCACAGAGGGCCACUGCCCUGAUGAGGGUCAGAACCAGGCUCGUAGACAUCUCCACCAUGGUCGCCAUGGUCACCUGAACUCCUCCCAUACGGGGUGCCCCCAGACCCAGCAGGACUCCGCCCCUCUCACCCAGGCCCUGUGGCCAGUGUGCUGUGUGAUGCUCUCCCUGCUCUGUGUCGUGCUUCUCGUCAUCGUCCUGGUGUUUGGGCACAAACUAAGAAGCAAUGCCCAGAGGGAGAGCGAGUACGUCAACACCAGACCUGCAGACUGCAAGAGACAAAAGGGGGUGCUGAGGCCAAAAUGGGAGGGCCUGCUGUUCUGAUCCGACCAGCUCCAGCAAGCCCAGCCUGAACCCUCAGGAGAAACCCCAAACACACAAGGUCCAGCAAGCCCAGCCUGAACCCUCAGGAGAAAUAACAAACACACAAGGUUCAAAAGUAUUGGGGCUAUUGAAACUACUAUUGACAUAUGUUUUGUAUGUUUGUUCAUUUGUUUGUUUAUCAUAAUAUACUGUAUAAAUCUAAUAUAUCUAAGUGAAGCUAAUAGCGUAUACAUAUAUAAUAUAAAAAUAUAGUAUAUAGUCCCAUAUGCAAGAUCCCUUAUAUAGUCCCAUAUGCAAGAUUCCUAUACGCACAAAAAUUGGAGUGUCAGUUUAUUGUUCCCCGCCACUCAACAGAGUUAGUGUAUGCGUGAGAUACAGCAGGCUCGUUGUCUGACUUUGUACUCAAGUGCAUGAUGAUGGGUGUUAUAUCCGUCUGUUCUGCUGCUCAGGAAUAUG